CAUGUGCGCAAGAUCGCUGUCAAAAGUGCUUCGAGAACUACCAGUUGUACGUCGUGAGUCCAACCAAACUUCAAAAACAUGAACAAGGAGUUAAUGUACUAUUUUCACGAAGUUGAUAGUAAGUACCAAGGCUUUUACUGUGUUAAUGAAACGUUUUGAUAGUUGACCUUUUCUGCAGCGAGUAAGAUCGAUCGUGAUGACGGGAUAAGCACUUGGCAUUCGUGUUGUCGAAAAUUCACUUGCUUCGUCUGUUUGCAGCUCCAACUUACGAGAGGUCCUUAGGAGCAAACAACGGUAGCGCUAGCAGCAGUAACAUGAACAACAACAGCAUGAAGCCAGAUAAGGUGGGAGUCACGUUUGUUUCAAGAACUGUGCGCGCGGUGCAACUUAUUUUUUAGUAGCUCCCGAUUUCCUUAUAAGACAAUCACUAUACACAUUACGUUAGUAGAAAAGAUCACGUUUAAUGCCUGCUUGAAUUUAAAACACGCUUGAUAAGGUUUUAUUUAGCGAGACGUGAGCGAAAGAACAUGGACUUUUGCUGUGGCUAUCGACGGGCGAUGUUUAAUAUCAUCUCACACCUUUUGCAUGUACGAAUGAAGGUUAUUCUUUUAGACCGAGUGAUUGUGCAAUUUCCCAUUCAAUAUGACAUACUACCAAGUUUCCGUUAAAUAUAAGGCUAUUGCUAUUUGAAGGUUUAAGCUGUGCCAAAAUUGAGCAGGGUAAUUUCCACACAUUUGCGAUUGGAAUAAUGUCAGCGGCGAUUUGUUUUAUAAAAAUUUACUGAAGUUGAAAUUUUUUGUUCAUUUCCGUUGUUGACACCUCUUCUUUAGCCAGCGUUGCUGUCCAGGAUACUCCUAACUUGUUAUGCUUAAGAUGCUUUGUAGUAGCACAUUUAUUGAUUUCCAGAUUUGUCAUUCAUUAUUUUCUUCUUUACCUUGCUUGCAGGACGCAGUAUGUAAUUGUAACAGAGCCCCUGAGACAAUACUUUGCCAAAAGUGUGGCAAGUCCUUCGUAGGAAGAAGAAGAAUGUCGUGCGAAAGACAUCGGAAUACCAUUCAUCUAAUGGACUGUGCUUACUGUGUUUUUUGUAAGCGUCAGCUGUAAAAGUCUCGUUUGGUGGAUGAAAGAAAAUCCCUGGCCCCUGGCUCUUACAGUGACAGCCCUGUUAAAUUUGCUUGGCCCACAUGCAGUAAUAUUAAUAAUUACUACGGUGUAUUAGGCAAGUUUGUAGUUUAGUUUUUCCAAGCCUGAUUGGCUUUUUCCUUGCAACACAGUAAAUAUGUCUAUAUUUCUAGUGUUUGCAGUUUUCCGAGUGAUGCAUUCCUCCUAGUUUUCACCCUAUAACAAUCAAGAUUAUUAGCAUCCUCCGAAACUUGGCAAUCAUUGUCUCUAUAAUCACAC